CAAAAGUACAUAUAUAUGCGAUAGCUUUCAGUAAUUUGAGCCCUAACAAACCAAAAAAUGAAAACCACCCUUUAUUUUCUGCUUCUACUAGCUCUCUCCAUGGCAUCAUCAUCACCAUUAUCACUAUCUCCCAUGAAAAACCUUAACAAUGAAACCAUCUACACGAUCUCCAAACAGCUCUGCUGGAACUGCAUAGGAGAGGCCGUACGGUUCCUGUUCCAGCACAACCUGGUCAGGGCAGCCAAGUGGGAGGCCCCGCUGGUGUGGGACCCACAGCUGGGGAGCUACGCCAGGUGGUGGGCAGGCCAGAGGAAGGCAGACUGCCAGCUGGUGCACUCCUUCCCGGAGGGGGAUUUCAAGCUCGGGGAGAACUUGUAUUGGGGGAGUGGGACCAGUUGGACCCCCAGCGACGCGGUCAACGCUUGGGCUGCAGAGGAGAAGUAUUACGACUAUGGGAGCAACUCUUGUGAGGAUGGGCAGGUUUGUGGGCAUUACACUCAGAUUGUGUGGAGAAGAACGUCGAGGGUUGGGUGUGUGAGGUCUGUUUGUGAUGAUGGUGAUGUUUUCAUGACGUGUAAUUAUUAUCCACCUGGAAAUUAUAUUGGUGAGCGACCAUAUUGAAUAUGAGCUGAUCGUCGACUCACUCUCCUUUGUGGAAAGUCCAGAGUUCAAUACUCCAUGGAGUUUGAACCCACUUUACCCUGACCCCCCAACCCUCUCACCUGACCCCGGGUAAAAAAAGUGUACACAUUUCAUAAGGGUAUAAAAUUAAAUUAAUACUCUCUAGAUCUUUUUAUGAUCUUAUAUGUAGUACUCCGUAUGUUUUUAGUUAUUUUAUAUUAGUAAUUUCAAUCACAAGUUCACAACGUGAUCUAUGACUAGAUGGUGUGUUUGACAUUGUCUGAACAAGAUUAGCAAAUAUAGAAAAUGUAUUUGAAAUAAGGAGGUAAAUAUUCUAUUUAUUAACUUUUGUUCUCACGUCA